AUGGACCACGAGCUCAAGCUCAAGGAAAAAAGACUUCACCUUGGCGAUCUUCUCGAAGUCAUCGGCGCGCCGCGGCGCCCACCCCUGCAGCGCGUCCCCGGCGACGGCGGCCACCCCGGCGCCGCAGCAACGGCGUGCUGCCCCGAGCUCGCCGGCGUGGCGUCGGCGCCGGCGGCGGCGCUGCCGCUGAGGACGCAGCCCAUCGGUCAGGCCAGGUGGUGGGGAUUGGAAUUGGAAGCGGCGGUGCGAACAUGGUUUGGAAAUGAUUUGCAUCCAAAUGUUGGUUAUGGCGGAAAAUCAUAUGAUGCCCUGCAUGCAACAUAUGAGGGGAGCUACUUCGGGUUUGUUACCACAAUGGAUGUGUAUGGAUUUCAGAUUAAUAAUGGCCAAAGAAUCGUGUCAUCAAUAUGGAUUGUUAACAGAGGUGGCAAUGACGGAGAUGAAAAGAAUGAAAUUAUGAUUGGAUGGCAGGUUUUUCCUCAAAUGUAUGGUGAUUCAAACACCCAUUUCUUCACUCAUUGGACGAGGGACUCGACACGAACUACAGGGUGCUACGACAUGAAAUGCCCAGGUUUUGAACUCACACCUGGAUCCCCAUUAGCUCCCGGCGAUGUCAUACGCCCAGUAUCUGAUGUCAAUGGAGCACGGCAGAAGAUCACAAUCAAAGUGUUCAGGGACAAGCCCACGGGGAACUGGUGGAAACACUACGGCUUCAACCGCGCCUCGGCGGCCAUGGGCUACUACCCGGCCAGCCUGUUCACCACCCUGACGGAGAAGGCGACCAACAUCCUGUUCGGCGGGAGCGCGUUGGCGGUGGAUGGGGUCCCGUCCCCUGCGAUGGGCAGCGGGUCGCUGCCGUCGAUCAUGUCCGACAGGGCGGCGUCAAUGGAGGGCAUCUCGCUGAUCGACGAGGACGGCCGCGUCGCGCCGUUCGACGCGGAGACGAUCAAGACGGAGACGAUGAGCUUCUGCUACGCGAUGACGCCCAUCUUCGGCGCGAACAGCUCCAGGUGCGUGUGCGGAGGGCAUGGAGGCUGCGUUGGUUAA